GUGCUGAACUUCCAACCUGCUCACUCCUGUCUCUUACCUAACAGCUUUAAAACACUUAGAAAGCGAUUAAAGAAUCAAUAUUUACACGCUCUCUGCCUAGAAGAUUUUAAGUUUUGGCAGCACAUCGAUAUUUUAGAGAGGUUGAGAGGAACUGACUGGUUUAAGGAGCUCUUUUGGGAUGAGUCGCUGCGCAGCCGCAUUAUUUCUUCUGGUCAUUGCUGUAUAUUCGCUCAACACUGAAGCAUACAAAUGCAGAUGUACAAGGAAGGGUCCCAAGAUACGCUACAAGGAUGUGCAGAAACUUGAAAUAAAGCCCAAACACCCCUUCUGCCAGGAAAAAAUGAUAUUUGUCACCAUGGAAAAUGUGUCCCGUUUUAAAGGACAGGAAUAUUGCCUCCAUCCCAGACUACAGAGCACCAAGAACCUGGUUAAGUGGUUUAGGAUUUGGAAAGACAAACACAGGGUGUACGAGGCCUAAAUGACACACGUGAGCGAGCCAGGCUUCAUGUUCUGUGGAAUGUACAAAACCACCAGUGGAUCUGUGGAUCAGCAGAGGACCAGCUUUCCAAGAAUUGCAGGGCAUUUGUUCAGAAGCACAAAAGAAAAUUUCUUCAGGCACAAUGUCCAGGAAGAUGUUUGUAAAAUAAAUAAAUAAUUACCUGUAUUUUAAACAUCAUUAUGGUCUGAAACAAGCACUAUGUAUUUAUUCCACAUAUUAGAAUUGCAAAAAAGACUGUAUAAGAAAGUCUGUGUGAAUCAGAUUUAGAUGCAACAAGUGAUCACAACUGUUUCAGGUGGAAACUGUAUUCCCCUGCUGUAGGCUUUUCAUUUAUUCUCAGUCUAAUUCAUUGUGUUGUGGUAUUUUAGGGUCCUACAACACAUCAUAUUUAACUAUCUGUUUGCUUUCAGGUGGUUCGAACAAUAUAGAGUACCUAAAAAAAGGAAUGUUCGUUUUAAUGUUGUCGUCUGUACAUGAAUACAGAUUAUCUUAUUACGAUAUCUGAAUAAAGCUAGUUUCAUAUGUGGUACUAUAGAGCACAGACAAAUAAAUACCUUGUUGUGGUUUGUAAUGUGACAUACCACAAUAGAGCAUUAAGUUACAAUUUAACAUUUACAAUUACAACAGUUAACAUUGUUUCAAAUCCAAAUAUGGAUUAGUAACAGCAGUGACACAUUAUUUAUUCCUACAAACACAUACAUUCAUGAAAUAUAGGCACACAAAUCAUUAUUUUCAUACAUACCCCAUUCUCCAAUAUAACCUUUUCUAUACAGGCCUUUAAUGUGAUUUUUUUUCACACAGACUUAUUUGUUAUUACAAGUCUGGAAUGUUUUUGUUGUCUAAUUUUUUUUUCUCUGAUGUAAAUUAUGUACAAGAAUUCAUACUUGUAAUUACCCAAAGUUGGCAUAGGUGAAUUCAUGUUGUACAGUAGUAUGUUGUAUCGCUAUUUAAAUAUUCAAUAAAAGACACACGAGUCUGUUUGAAAUGACAACACACCAAACAUGGCUUCAGUUGCAUUCCAUGGAGUGUACAAGUACAGCAAUAAAAUUAUUUAAAUGACUAAA